AUGAGUCUUGUGAACUAUAGUUCAUCAUCCGAAGAUGAAGGGAACGUGCAAAUUGCUAGAGAUGAUAGGACAGUUUCUGUAGAAGGUCUUAAGAAUUCAGAAGCUAACGGUAAGGACGAUGGAUCAGAUAUUAAGAGAAGGAAACUUACUAGGUCAGAAAUUCGCAAGAGUCGUCAAUCUAGGAAAGGUAAGGGACCUUGGGCUACGUGGUCGAGUAGUUCCAGCUCGGAUUCGAGCUCUGAAGAAGCUGAACCAGAGACAGAGACUAGAUUUGAUGAAUUGAAGGAUGAAGAUGAUAAUAGUGAUAGUGAAGUAGAACUAUUGAAGGAAAAGGAGGAAAAGUCAAUUUUUUAUGCAGAAAAUGAGUUUGACUAUCAAGGUCGUGGAAUCUUACAUCCACCUGUAGAAGUCGAUCUUGAUUUUUACAAGCAAGAUUUCAAGUGUUAUUUACCCAAGAGAAGAAUUCAUAGUUUUACUGGACAUACAAGAGGAACUUCAGCACUUCAAUUUUUACCAAAAACUGGGCAUUUAUUUCUAUCUGGUGGUAAUGACAAUAUAUUAAAAAUUUGGGAUUUUUACCAUGAAAGAAUUUGUCUUAGAGACUACAUUGGACAUAGUAAGCCCAUAAAGACUGUUAACUUCAACGAGGAUGGCAAUAGUUUUCUCAGUGCAUCGUUUGACCAGAAUGUAAAGCUUUGGGAUACAGAGACGGGUCAAGUUAAGUCUAGGUAUAGAUAUAAUGCCACACCUAAUGAUUUAAAGUAUCGUCCUGGUCACCUAAAUGAAUUCGUCGUUGGACUUUCCAAUUCCAAGAUAAACCACUAUGACGAUCGUGUGGCUGCUAACCAAGGCUUAGUACAGGUUUAUGAUCAUCAUCUGAGCUCGAUAUUGAGUUUAGAAUUCUUCCCGGAUGGAUCUAAAUUGAUAUCUUCGUCGGAGGAUAAAACUGUAAGAAUUUGGGAAAAUCAGGUAAAUAUACCGAUCAAACAAAUCAGUGAUACCGCUCAACAUUCUAUGCCAUUCUUGAGAGUUCACCCGGAACAUCAUUAUUUCUGUGCUCAAAGUAUGGAUAAUGUAAUUUAUUCAUUUGGGAUGAAACCCAAAUAUAGAAGGCACCCAAACAAAUUCUUCAGUGGACAUCAAUCUGCUGGUUAUGGCAUCCAUAUUGAUUUCUCACCAGAUGGGCACUAUAUAAUUUCUGGUGAUUCUAGGGGAAAAUUAAUGGUUUGGGACUGGACGACUACUAAAAUUUUGAAAACUUUAGAGGUUCCUGGCCGUCAACCGGUGACCCAAGUUGCUUGGCAUCCGCAAGAGACUAGCAAGGUUCUCUGUAGUGGUAAUAUGGGUAAAAUUCAUUUAUUUGAUUGA